AUGCUCCCUCCCAAGCGAGACCUGCCCUUCCCAAAGCUAACCGCAAGGAGACAUCGCGCUGCAAGCUUGACUCGAACAAUACAGAGAAAUCCCCAGUCAGCUCCGCCGCAAAUCCCUCAACCCACUGAACCAGUCAAAGAUGCAGAACUUCAUCCACUUCGUCUCGUGGUCACGCCUAACACUAAUUCUGGUUUGUCUGAUUCCAAUUCCCAACUCUUAUCCCAACCAAAUCCUUUCCCCGAGGCGAGCCAGUCAUUAUUGCUUCCAGAAUAUCCUUCGGCUUCGCAAAACACCCCUCCGACCUGCGAACCCGCCGAACAGACAUCUCCCCACAAUCAUCUAAUAAACUCGAACUCUCACCACCACCCGGCCAGCAAGCCAAGCGAUAAAGCUCCAGCCCAGACAGAAGAUCAACUUGCACAGUAUCUAUCUUCACCAGUGGCUGAGCGAAUCAUCUUUCUUGAGAAUUGGAUGUGCGAGUUGAUCGACGAUGAUGGUUUCAUGGCUCUGUGUGAGGAUGUCGAUGGAACAUGGAGGCGGUUUGCAUUCGGCCGAAAGUAG